AACGCGGUCCCCUGCACGGAGCUGGGCGUGAGCACCUGUGUAACCGAUCUGAACAACACGUGCUGUCACAUUCCUUCUCCAGACCUCACAGCAAAACAAGUUCCAGAUGGACUAAAGGAAAAGGAACUGAAGGAUGCCAUCCAGGGGAAGCACCACCUGAGACCCCACUAUGCAGGCCUUCCCGCACGGGGCUGGCAGCCUCACAAGGUGAAAACAGAGCAUGCCUGGCUCCAGCACGUGCUCGCCAUAGUGACCAGAGAACGCGAUUUGGCCGUGAGGGAGAAACGCCAGCUCCAAGCCAAGCUGGAGAACCUAGAACAGGUCCUAAAGCACAUGCGCGAGGCCGCGGAACGCCGGCAGCAGCUGGAGCUGGAGCAUGAGCAGGCCCUGGCCGUUCUCCACGCCAAACAGCAGGAGAUCGACCUGCUGCAGAAGGCUCAGGUUGAAGCUAAGAAGAAGCACGAAGGCGCCGUGCAGCUGCUAGAGAACGCCUUGGACAGCAUGCAGAGCAAGGUUCGGGAGCUGGAGGAGAAAUGCCGGACGCAGAGUGAGCAGUUCAGCCUGCUGUCGCAGGACCUGGAGAGGCUCCGGCAGCACGCCGGGAAGAUCGACCUGCUGGGAGUCAGCCCGGGCGUCUCCGUAGACGUCCCCGCGCCCGGCAAGCCUUUCCCGCAGUUCGUGAACGGACUCAGCCCCUCCAUCGGCAAAGGUCAGGAGAGCACCGUCGGAAGCCGCACUGUGACCGGGGACUAUAUCCGGCCCCUCCCGCUCCCUGGUGACAAGCCGGAGCCUCUGCCCAUCAAGCCCACCUUUCUGUCGAGAUCCGCUAGCCCAAGAUGCAGAUUUGAAUCAGACAUGGAUAAUGAACGCAGUUCCAGUACCUCCAAGCAGCAGAGGCACUCGGGGAAAGUCCACCUGUGUGUCGCCCGCUACAGUUACAACCCCUUCGACGGGCCGAAUGAGAACCCGGAAGCUGAGCUGCCCCUCACGGCGGGGAAGUACCUCUACGUGUACGGGGACAUGGACGAGGACGGCUUCUAUGAAGGCGAGCUCCUGGACGGGCAGAGGGGCUUGGUGCCCUCCAACUUUGUGGAUUUUGUCCAGGACAACGAGUCGCGGCCGGCAAGCACGCUGGGGAACGAGCAGGACCAGAAUCUCAUCAACCGUUCGGGCAUCGGCUCGGAGGGGGAGAACAUUCUGGACCUGCACGCCCCCACCCCCAUCGACGCCGGCGUCGCGGACGGCGGUGCGGAGACGCUGGGCGUGAGCGUCGACGACGUCGGAGAAGACAUCGUGCCUUACCCUAGGAAAAUCACCCUCAUCAAACAACUCGCCAGAAGUGUCAUUGUGGCCUGGGAGCCGCCGGCAGUGCCGCCGGGCUGGGGGACCGUGAGCAGCUACAGCGUGCUCGUGGACCAGGAGCCGCGCGUGAGCCUCACGCUGGGGAGCAGGACCAAGGCCCUCAUCGAGAAGCUCGACACGGCGGCCUGCACCUACCGCAUCUCCGUGCAGUGCGCCACCAGCAGGGGCCACUCGGACGAGCUGCGCUGCACGCUGCUGGUGGGCAAGGACGUGGCGGUGGCCCCCUCCCAGCUGAGGGUGGACAACAUCACCCAGAUCUCGGCCCAGCUCUCCUGGCUGCCCGCCAACAGCAACUACAGCCACGUCAUCUUCCUCAACGAGGAGGAGCUCGACGUGGUCCGGGCCGCGAGCUACACGUACCAGUUCUUCAACCUCAGGCCCAACGUGGCCUACAAGGUGAAGGUCCUGGCCAGGCCCCACCAGAUGCCGUGGCAGCUGCCCCUGGAGCAGCGGGAGAAGAAGGAGGCCUUCGUGGAGUUCUCCACGUUGCCGGCAGGCCCUCCGGCGCCCCCCCAAGAUGUCACCGUCCACGCUGGGCCCACCUCAGCAACCGUCCAGGUCUCCUGGAAGCCACCCGCCCUGACGACUGCCGGGCUGUCCAACGGGGCGAACGUGACCGGCUACGGCGUGUACGCAAAAGGGCAGAGGGUGGCUGAGGUCAUCUCCCCCGUGGCGGACAGCGCGGCCGUGGAGCUGGUGCGGCUGCGGAGCCUGGAAGCCAAGGCCGUGACCGUGCGGACCCUUUCUGCACAGGGCGAGUCCGUGGACUCUGCCUUCGCUGCCAUUCCCCCUGACCUCCUGGUGCCUCCAACCCCCUACCCGAGAACUGCUCCCACACCGAAGCCAUUAGCAAGUGCCGGAGCCCCUGAUACCAAAGAGGAACACCCGGGUCCCCACAUCAUGGUGGAUGAGGCCUGGGAGCAGAGCCGGGCACCGGCCCCCGCCCACGGGCACAUGCUGGAGCCACCCAGCAUGCAGGGCUCGGGCCCCGGGCGGCGGUCGCCCUCGCCCAGCCGGAUCCUGCCGCAGCCGCAGGGCACCCCGGUCUCCACCUCCGUCGCCAAGGCCAUGGCCCGGGAAGCCGCGCAGAGAGUGGCCGAGAGCAGCCGGUUAGAGAAAAGGAGCAUCUUCCUGGAGAGGGGUGGCAGUCUGUAUGUAAACUCAGACGAGGAGGAUGGCUACGGCUCCCCGGACGUCAAGAGGAGGGGCGCCUCGGUGGACGACUUCCUGAGAGGCUCAGAGCUUGGCAAGCAGCCGCACUGCUGCCACGGAGACGAGUACCACACGGAGAGUAGCCGGGGCUCCGACCUGUCCGACAUCAUGGAGGAGGACGAGGAGGAGCUCUGCUCCGAGACGCAGCUGGAGGACGGGGGCAGGAGGCGGCCUGGCGGCACAUCCCACAACGCCCUCAAGAUUUUAGGAAACCCGGUGUCUGCAGGACGGGCCGACAGGGCGGAUCACGCGGGCCGGAGGUUCCCCCACGGCAGUGCUGGCCCUCAGAGGUCGCGGCCAGUGAUGGUCCCAUCCAUCGAUGAAUACAGUGAGCGAGACCACCUUUCUCCAGACUUCUAUGAAGAGUCGGAAACAGACCCUGGUACAGAAGAGCUCCCAGCCCGAAUCUUUGUGGCUCUUUUUGACUAUGACCCCCUCACCAUGUCCCCAAAUCCGGAUGCUGCAGAAGAAGAGCUUCCUUUUAAGGAAGGACAGAUCAUCAAGGUGUAUGGGGACAAAGACGCCGACGGCUUUUACCGGGGGGAGACCUGUGCCCGGCUCGGCCUUAUUCCCUGCAACAUGGUCUCAGAGAUCCAAGCCGACGACGAGGAUAUGAUGGACCAGCUUCUGAGGCAAGGGUUCCUUCCUCUGAACACACCUGUGGAGAAAAUAGAGAGAAGCCGAAGAGGCGGCCGGCACCCGGGGGCGACUCGGAGGGUGGUGGCCCUGUAUGACUACGACCCCAGGGAAAGCUCACCGAACAUCGAUGUCGAGGCGGAGCUUACGUUUUGCACGGGAGACAUUAUUACCGUGUUCGGUGAAAUCGAUGAAGAUGGCUUCUAUUACGGGGAACUUAAUGGGCAGAAAGGCCUUGUCCCUUCCAACUUCCUGGAGGAAGUGCCUGACGACGUGGAGGUCUACCUUUCCGACGCGCCCUGUCACUACUCCCGAGACGCACCGCCGCGCUCCAAGGCCAAACGGGUUCCUCCCGAGGGUUCAGGUACAGCAAGGAGAGCGUCAUCCCCCUCAGCCCAUCUCCAUUCGGGGUCACCUGCGUCAUCUGUGGGUACUGGUAGUCCUGGGAGAGGCAGGGGAAUGUCCUCGAAAAAGAAAAAGGGGCUGCUUUCCAAAGGCAAGAAACUGCUGAAAAGGCUGGGUGCAGUGAAAUGACCCGUGUGCUUCUGGACAACUCCCACACCUCCGUAAUGCUCCUUAAUUCCAAACCAGGGCUUUCAUGACUCAAGUACCUUCCUAAACAAACACUCUUCUCCCCUGACACCGGUAGAGAAACGCUCUUUGCGCCACCGCGCACUUUAAGGCCACCGCAAGGACAAAGAGCUGCUGGUGCCCCUCCCCCCAGCCUCCCCCCCCCCCACUCCCUCCCCCCCGCCCCCCCCCCCCGCUCUUGCCCGAGGGCUGCCUGGAGGCCGGGGGUGGGGGGGCUCCUCUGCACACACGCGGGGGGCCAGGGGCUCCUCGGGCUCCUCCGGUCUCUGUGCAUUUGUCAUCCGCCCUUAAAGGAAUGGUUUCCACCUUGACCCCCUUUCCAGAAUGCUUGCCUCAUGACGCACAACUCACUCUAACUCUGGUCUUGAAACUCCUAGUUCAACCGCCUUGAUGUUCUGCCUUAUAAACGCACAAUGGUUUGUACCGUCCAAUAAAAUCUACGGUGUGCACUUCGUACGUGUUGUACAUUCGGCGCUCGUCACCCCCACAGACACACUGCUCCGGAAUCGAGUUGUGCGUUCCGAAUCCCGGCUUCUCGUCUUUCCAAGCCAGCCGGGUAACACAGAAACACAGAAAAGAAAUGUUUACUUACUCACAUCAUUCAAAAACAGAGAGAGAGAGAGAGGGGGGGAGGGAGGGAGGGACUUUGUUCGGACAAGUCCCACUCCUCCAACCUGCCAGGAAGCUGACCAGGCUCAUGGCUUUCCGUGUCCCCUCUCGUGGCAAAUGCAUUUCUGUUGCUUCCGUGUUUGUCCGGUGCCCGCCUCCCCCCACACAGCCCCCAGCAGCGAGCAACACACAGUAGAGCAGCCCCCACGAUGCACAGGCCACACGUACAGCCCCCGACAUCUCAGUCUGUUCACCACUGGCACUCGAACAAGAGACUUGCAAAGUUGCCGGCAGAUGUAUUCGAUGGUUUCUAUUUUGUAAUUCUUGUCCACUUGUAAAUUGUUUCUACUCUUUGUACAUACUUUUCAGACUGCCUUUCUUUUGUAAUUUAUGGAAGGUUUAUAAACGAAUGACCAAGCUUUCGCCCAUUGUGUCUUCAAAACCUCUACUGUAAAUUGUAAUAUAUUAGUAUGUGGUCCAUUUAUUAAAAGGAAAUUACUCAGCGUGUGGUUACGUAUCGUGUGCGUGUGUGCAUGUGUUCAGUU